AUGCUGACUGUGAACUAUUUGUCGCUGUUUCUUUGGAUUCUGUUUGAUGAGGGUCUUUUAACACCUCUUGAAUCACUGUCACCAAGGAGUUCAGCACACAUAGGCAGUGACAACAUAAUUGAGCUGUCUGGAGAUGGAAUUCCUAAACUCCAACGUGUUAGGCGGGGCUGGAUCUGGAACCAGUUCUUUGUACUGGAGGAAUAUAUGGGGUCAGAACCGCAGUAUGUGGGAAAGCUACAUUCUGACCUGGACAAUGGUGAUGGUUCUGUGACCUAUACUCUGUUAGGCCAAGGAGCUGGCUCGAUCUUCACCAUUGAUGAGAUUACAGGGGAUAUUCAUGCAAUAAAGAGCCUGGAUCGUGAAGAAAAAUCUUAUUAUGUUCUGCGUGCACAGGCUGUGGAUACAGAAACCGGAAGACCUGUGGAACCUGAAUCGGAGUUUAUCAUUAAGGUUCAGGAUAUCAAUGACAAUGAGCCGAAGUUUCUGGAUGGACCUUAUGUUGCUGAUGUCCCAGAAAUGUCUCCUGCUGGUUCCUUUGUUGUUCAGAUAACAGCAACAGAUGCUGAUGAUCCAACGUAUGGAAACAGUGCCAGGGUUGUGUAUAGUAUCCUGCAGGGACAGCCGUACUUUUCAGUUGAUCCCAAAACAGGUGUUAUCAGAACAGCUUUAUCAAACAUGGACAGAGAAGUGAAAGAAGAAUACCAAGUUAUCAUUCAGGCCAAAGACAUGGGUGGACAAAUGGGAGGCUUAGCAGGAACAACAAUGGUCAAUAUCACUCUUACUGAUGUCAAUGACAAUCCACCAAGGUUUGCAAAAAACGUCUUUCAUCUGAAAGUUCCUGAGUCAACCACAGUUGCUUCUGAAAUUGGUAGAAUAAAGGCCAAUGAUGCUGAUAUUGGGAAGAAUGCAAAUAUAGACUACAGCAUCGUGCCUGGGGAUGGACUAAAUGUGUUUGGGAUUACCUCUAAUAAGACCACACAAGAAGGAAUUAUAAAUCUGAAAAAGCCAUUGGACUACGAAAAUAAAAAAUCUUACGUCUUCAAAGUAGAUGCACUUGACCCUCAUCCAGAUGAACGUUUCCAAUCAAUGGGCCCUUUCAAAGAUACAGCGACUGUGAAGAUUACAGUCUUGGAUGUAGAUGAGCCUCCUGUAUUCAGUAGACCCUUUUACAUAAUGGAUGUUUAUGAAGACACCAAUGUGGGCAGUAUCAUCGGUGCAGUGACAGCACAGGAUUCUGAUGUUAGCAACAGCCCUGUCAGGUACUCAAUUGAUGAGAGUACUGACCAGGAGAAAUAUUUCACAAUUGAUGAGAUUGAUGGAACAAUUGCGACCAAUGAUGUCCUGGACAGAGAGGAUAUUUCUCACUACAACAUCUCUGUUGUAGCCAGGAAAGUUACAAAAGUUGAGAUGAGUCCUAAUAGAAGUGUAUUAGAUUCUGAGGGACAUGACAACACUGCUGGAAUCUUACCCAAGAGAAAUGAUUACAGUCGCAGGCAGCUAGAGCUCUAUUUCCUUCCAGUGGUGGUCUCAGACAGUGGUUAUCCUGUACAAAGCAGCACAAACACAUUGACUAUUCGAGUCUGCAGAUGUGAUGUGGAUGGUACCAUCUUAUCCUGCAAUGUAGAGGCAAUCUUUUUGCCAGUGGGUUUGAGUACAGAAGCGCUGAUAGCAAUCCUGCUCUGCAUCAUUAUACUUCUCGUGAUCGUGGUGCUGUUUGUGGCGUUAAGAAGGCAAAGGAAAAAGGAGAUCUGCAUGACAUCGAAAGAAGACAUCAGAGACAACGUAAUCAGUUAUGACGAUGAAGGAGGUGGUGAGGAGGACACCCAGGCCUUUGACAUCAGCACCCUGAGGAAACCGGACUUGAUAGAAGAUGUGCAAUUACGCAGAGAUGUCAAGCCCGACACCCACCAUCCACAGCGGCAGACCAUCAUAAUCCAAAACAAUACUGACAUCAAAGACUUCAUCAAUCAGAGAGUGCAGGAGAAUGAUGCAGAUCCCAGUGCACCCCCUUAUGAUUCCCUGGUGACAUAUGCCUAUGAAGGAAACUGCUCCAUAGCUGAAUCGCUCAGCUCCUUGGAAUCAGUUCCCACAGACACAGAUCAGGAUUACGAUUACCUCACUAACUGGGGACCUCGCUUUAAAAAACUCGCAGAUCUUUAUUCCCCAGAGAAAAUUAACAGCCAACAAAAUAAUACAGAACGACAGUAAAUUUGAAGUCUGGCAAAUUUGAG